AUGUACACGAAGCUGUGCAAAAACCUUUUCAAUUCGCAAUUCGGAGCUCUGUUUUUGGGUGAUUUGUGGAUUAUUUUAGCGAUUUUAACGCACACUGUUGUUGAAGGGCGGCCGCAAGCAGCACAGAAUAACGGGAACAGUUCCAUCGCUCCACGGUUCGGUGCUCAUGAAUAUGCGUACGUGUCUAGUUGGCCGAUUGUGGAUCGUAAGCUAGGUUCGGUGUCGGCCGUGGCUAUUGAUGAUGCCGGUAAUGUGGUCAUAUUUCAUCGUGGAUCACACGUGUGGAAUUUAGAAUCUUUCGAUACAAAAGACGUGUAUCAAGAGGCAGCUGGUGGUCCAAUACCGCAGCAUACCGUGCUAAAGUAUGCCCACGAUACGGGCACAUUACUGCAGGAAUGGGGUUCAAACCUGUUCUACAUGCCGCACGGAUUGACGAUCGAUCACGAACAGCACUACUGGCUAACAGAUGUGGCACUGCAUCAGGUGUUCAAAUUUGACUUAAACCACUCAACGACCGAGCCCGUGCUAACUCUCGGAACACGUUUCGAACCGGGCAACGAUAUAUACCACUACUGCAAGCCAACAGCCGUUGCGGUGCUAAAGAGUGGAGAAUUUUUCGUUGCUGAUGGCUACUGCAAUGGUCGCAUCGUGAAGUACACAUCGGAAGGUGUUCCAAUUUUAUCCUGGGGACGUAAUUCUUUCGUACUGACGCGCACCUUCAACCUGGCUGCUGGACCAGUCCCGGUGAAUUAUUUUGCCGUACCACAUGCACUAACUGUCGUACCGGAUCGGAAUCUGCUGUGUGUGGCCGACCGGGAGCAGGGCCGUGUGCAGUGUUUCCACACUGGGAAUGGGACGUUCCAUUCGCAGUACAGCAGUCCCGACAUGGGGAGUCGAUUGUUUAGCGUGAAGUACAUUUCAUCCGACGGUGGAUUGUUGUAUAUCAUCAAUGGACCGGAACUACAGUUGGCGUUCGGUUCUGCGGUAGCAGUUGGUGGAUACAUUCUAGAGAUGGACAGUGGAAAAGUAAUUAACCGCUUUCAGCCGAAUAAUACGCGCCGUGCUUUCAGCAAUCCACACGAACUGGCCGUACUGGACGAUGGAUCGGAGGUGUACGUUGCGGAGUUAGAUCCACAGAUGGUGCACAAGUUCCGGCUAGUCUCACCACCACGAUCAUCGACCACAACUAAACUAUCGACCACCGUUCGUAAUGAAGGUGAGAAUACGACCAACGGCCACUACUAUGCCAGUGGCCAGUCGGGGAUGAGCAGUGGGUUGACCGCUGGUUCGAUUGGAAUAUUUUCCAUUGUUAGCACACUGAUCGUGACCAGCCUGCUGGUGAUACUGAUGGCGCGCGUAAUUUGCUUCCGACAAGGGCAAGGAACUUCCCGAACGGAUGAAGUUCCGCUACGAAACAUGGCCGUUGAUGAGGGAUAG